AUGCCAUCAUAUCUUAUUACUGGCGCCAAUCGAGGAAUCGGAUUCGAAUUUGUUCGACAGCUCUCGAGCGACUCCAGCAACACUGUCAUCGGUAUUGUGCGAGACAAGGCUGCCGCUGAAGCCACGGUCGCCAAAGAACUCGAGGGCAGAAAGAACAUCCACAUUCUCGAGACCGAUGUGACUGAUUACAAUGGAUUGAAGAGAGCCGCCGAAGCGACCGCGAAGAUCACUGGUGGUGGUCUUGACUACGUGAUCUCAAAUGCAGCACUUAUACCAUUCUGGUCUGCUUUCGAACCACUCGGAGAACUAGGCAAAGAACCAGAACGCCUGGAAAAGGAACUCGCCGAAUGCUUCAACGUCAAUGUGAUUGCAACGGUGCACCUGAUCAACCUCUUCAUCCCUCUCGUGUUGAAAGGCGAAGCAAAGAAAGUCAUCACCAUCACGACAGGCUUCGCCGACGCGGAGCUGAAUGCCAAAUACAAUCUAUCUAUCGCUGGGCCCUAUUCAAUCAGCAAAGCAGCGGUGAACAUGGUAGUGGCGAAAUACAGCGCCGAGUAUGCCGAGCAAGGCGUCUUGUUCCUGGCUCUCGCACCUGGAAUGGUCGAUACUGGCAAUAUGGAUAAACUGACUCCCGAACAAGGGCAGAAAGCAAUGGGCAUGAUGGGAAAGUUCAAGGACUAUGCUCCUGAUUUCAGUGGGCCCAUCACCCCAGAGGAGUCGGUCAAGUUAAUGAGGGCAGUGUGGGAUAAGGCCAGCGUUGCGAAUGGUGACGGCGGCGCGUUCCUGUCACAAUUUGGAAACAAACAAUGGCUCUGA